GAGAUGGACACGCACGAUUUAUUUAUGAAACUUGGAGCUGGAACAAAAUUUAAUUUUCGAAAAUUUGGCAAAGAUGCGGAGAGAUUUAAGGUGCUGAGACCGCAAACCAAGAAGGAGUCCGAUCCGUUAACAUCAAUAGACUUUUUCAGCUCUGGAAGUCACAACACUGUGAAUGAUGUUAGUGACGAGGAAGACGAGGACUUGGAAUUGGACGCUAAACCUGUUAAAAGAAAGUUGAAUGGCGUAGAGAAAACAUCCAAUUCAAAGGCCAAAAAGAAGAAAAAAGAUAAAGACUUGGGACAAACAGAGGGUGAGUCAAUACAAUGGAUAUCCUCGGCAGAAAACAAAACUAACCAGAGCGAUGGCAAAGAUCAGAUGUCUGCAAAGAGACUGAAACAGUUGCAGCAGGAAAAGCUAAAUCAAAUCAGAGGUCAGAACAAAAUCCAUGUUCAUGGCACAGACAUUCCAGAUCCAGUGUGUACAUUUAACGAGUUGCAAAAAGAAUACCAGCUGGAUCCAAAAGUUAUUGAAAACAUUCGCGCAUCCGGCUACGAAACCCCCACACCUAUCCAGAUGCAGGCCAUUCCUGUCAUGAUGCACAAACGAGAGAUCCUCGCCUGUGCACCCACUGGCUCAGGAAAGACGGUGGCUUUUUGUCUACCCGUCAUCACCAACCUGCGCAAACCUGUCAACAAGGGCUUCCGUGCGCUUGUCAUCUCCCCCACGCGUGAGCUUGCCCAGCAGACCUACAAGGAGCUACUCCGGCUCGUUGAUGGCACAGGCCUCAGGGUACACAUCAUCAAGAAGAAGGACACGGCCCAAAAACAAGGCCCCAAGUCCAAGAAGGUGUCCGACAUCCUGGUGAGCACCCCCAACCGCCUCAUCUAUCUACUGAACCAGGAGCCUCCAGCCUUAGACCUGACCAAGGUAGAGUGGCUGGUUGUGGAUGAGUCAGACAAGUUGUUCGAGGACGGCAAGACGGGCUUCAGGGAGCAGCUGGCCACCAUCUUCCAGGCCUGUACCUCGCCGGCCCUGCGCCGGGCCUUCUUCAGUGCCACAUGUGCCCCGGACGUGGAGAAGUGGUGCAAGCUGAACCUGGACAACCUGGUGGUGGUGAACAUCGGCCUGAGGAACUCGGCGGCGGAGACGGUGGAGCAGGAGCUGCUGUUCGUGGGCGCUGAGAAUGGCAAGCUGUUGGCCUUCCGCAACCUGCGCAAGAAGGGGCUGACACCGCCCGUGCUGGUGUUCGUCCAGUCCAUUGAGCGCGCCCGCGAGCUCUUCCACGAGCUCAUCUACGAGGGCAUCAACGUGGACGUGAUCCACGCCGACCGCACGCAGCAGCAGCGCGAGAACGUGGUCAAGAACUUCCGCUCGGGCAAGAUCUGGGUGCUGAUUUGCACCGCCCUGCUGGCCCGCGGCAUUGACUUCAAGGGGGUCAACCUGGUGGUCAACUACGACUUCCCCACCAGCGCCAUCGAGUACAUCCACCGGGUCGGCCGCACGGGCAGAGCCGGUCACCGGGGCAAGGCCAUCACCUUCUUCACGGAGGACGACAAGCCCCUCAUCCGCAGCAUCGCCACCGUCAUCAAGCAGGCCGGCUGCCCCGUGCCCGACUACAUGGUGGGCUUCCAGAAGCUGCAGACCAAGCAGAAGAAGCAGCUGGCCAAGGCGCCACCCAAGAGACAGACCAUCCGCACCACGCCGCUCUUCCUCACGGAGAAGGGGAAGGGCAAAGGGAAGGGCAAGAAGAGGAGGAAGAAAGGAGCUAAGAAAGGUGGAGCCCAAGCGAAAGGAGCUAAGAAAGGAGCUAAGAAAGGUGGAGCCCCAACUGGAGCAGAAGCAGCGCCAGCACCAGCAACAGCACCAGCAGCAGACCCAGCCGAGGCUGGGAAGACAUCACAGGAGAACACUGAGAGCUGAACCUUUUGUCUGGACCCAGUAUGUUUCAAUGGAUUUGAGGCAUUUUCAACUGUCCCUUUGCAACCAGACGACUUUCUGGUUGGAAUUGCCAAUAAGAAACUCCCAUGGCCGGAUUAAGAAGGCCCGGGGCCACUAAGACACAGGUUGUUGUAGGCCCCCAUUGAAGGCACAUUCCUAACAAAAUGACAUAGACAACAUAAUUCCGAACCAAGAGGAGUAUUAAUAAGAUUGAAAACUCUACCUGCCAAGGCAGACUUAGUUAUCAAUACAGCAGCUUGCUACAUUUCUCCAAUUAAGUUAAUUUUUCCUUUUUUUGGUCAACUGUGGGCCCCUAGGCUGCAGCCAUAUCUAGCCUGUGUGUUAAUCCAGCCCUGAAAACACCCACUCGAUGUCAUGUCCCGCCUUGAUAUUGAGUGGGCAUUUCUAAUUGAUGAAUUCCAACUUCGAAAUUCUGUGUUCUGGUUGCAAAAUAGACAGCUGAAAGUGCUUCAAAUCUGUUGAACUCAGCAGGAUGCAACUUUGGUAUUCAUUCUGCUAUACGGUCAUUUGUCUGGACUUGGAGCCUUAAUUCAAUGCUCUGACAGUAGAACUCAUUUGAUGUGGAGAUGGUAGAAAUGUCUGGCACAUGUUGGCCUGUGGUCACCUUCAGACAUACCAUUUUCUGAUAGUUUGUACUUAAUGACACAAAUGGUGUAAUGUGUGAUGAUUUAUGAGGCAGCUGUGUGAACAUAUUAAGUAUGUCUGUGUUAGGAUUAAUUACAGAGGUGAAAAUGUCCAUUAAGCUGUCAUGAUAUUUAAGAUUCUUCUUUGGCUGUACAGACAUGUUGGUUUUCCUUAAACAGAAAAUAUAUUAAACUGAUAUUUGUUAAGACUUACUGAAGUA